UCCUUCUCUCUUGUAGCUUGAUGCUGGAACGCAAAGAUAAAAGAUCCCAGUUUCAGAGUUGUGUUUUUGUAAAUCUGUCUUUAUUUUUUAGUGCUAAACCUCCACAUUGGACCUGGUUUAUUUUUUUUCCGUUCUUGCACGAUGGAAAAAGUGGUCCUGAGUAAAACCCAGGUGUUUUUAACCAACGCCUCGCUGCUUUAUAAGGACAUGUGUCCAGAGCAGGCGCGUUUCCUCAUGCAGAAGCAGCAGAUGAAUGGCGCUGCGCUGCCAGACACAGUGCUGUGCUCAUUCUGUUUUCAGUGGCGCCGGCCUGGAGAGUACCACGUGCGGUUACAGCCCAAGUGCAGACCCUCGGUGCGUAUCAGGAAGCUGCUCAGGAGGGAGCAGGCCCACAAGAGGCUCGGGUCACAGGAAAUCAAGCUUCUUCAGAGGUUCAGAAGAGCUUCCACUGUUCUGAUGGCCACCUGCCACACUUGUAAUAAGACGUCCAGGCAAAUUGGGAUGAACAGGGAUUUUCUGGGGACCUUACCGAAGAACACCCCAGUGAGAAUGUCAAAGUGCAGGACUCCUCAGUCUGCUAACAAAGCGACACCUCAGCCCAACCUCCAUGACAAAACACCAAGCAGAACACCAGUGGCAAGAUCAUCUGAAUGCACCAGCGCCUCGAAGUCAGGCAGCGGGAAAAAAUCUGCUUUCUCACGUCUUAAGAAGCUUCUGAUGCUUGAGGGCAGCCAGAAGAAUAAGAAAGGGGGUCUGAAAGACUUCCUCACCUCUCUUUAAGAAUCUCAUGGACCACAAAACCCAGAAACCCCACAACAACAUGGUCUAGCCUACUUUAGUUUAGAACAACAGGCUUACGGGGGAAUGGAGCAGGAGAUGGCUGGUUGUGCUCACUUUAGUGUACACUGCAGUGACACCUGGUGGAUGACUCACUGAAGCCUGGUUUACAGAUGUGACGCCCUUUUACCCUCCGUGUCUUCAUCCCCGUCCCAGUCAGGUUGAGGACUAGAAGAGAACUGACUGCCUUUGCAGGGUUUUUUCAGUACAGCUGAUAGGCUGUAAACCCUAUAUCUACAUGAAAUAAAUGUUAUUCAUUCCUGUCACUGUUGUGAUGACAGGUGUGUGUUAGCCAACAUGCUUCAUUUUCCCCAUUUCUCCAUCUUGUGUAGUGCUCCCUCAGAGACACUCACAUGGUUCACAUUUUACUCUCUCGGUAUUCGGUGUUCAUGUUUGCUUAAUUCAGCAGGAAUAGAGUUUUGAAAAUGUGGGCUCUCCAGGAGUCUCAGAGGAUUCAGUCGGCUCGAGAAAGCAUUGCUCAUGUCAUGCUUUUGAAGUGGGAUAAAUUAUAGAUAUAUAGAUAUGCUGUGUGUAUAUAGAUGCAUUUUGGAGUUUACACACAAUCUUUUUAAGUAGAUCACGGCCACUUUUUGUAUCUUGUACUCUUUUGUAACAGGACUGUUUUUGGACACUUAAGGUUCACACAGUGGUCAGUGGUGAUUAGUAUUUAAGGGCUAUUAGUGCUUUACUAAAGGUUUACAUUUAAUGGACUGUUUUGCCCUAAAACUGUAUUGCAAAGACCAAAUAUGUGUUGCUGUAGCCACAUUAAGAUACAGUGUUAAAUGAAUGCAACUUAUAUGCAAACUUCACUUAUUUUCAAUAAAUCAGUUGUGAAUCAGAUG